GCUGCCAGUGUGCACCCAGCGGUCACAGUACUGCAGCAAAGAGGAAAUACUCAGGGACUGUUCGGUCCUGUUCACUUUUCAUCUGGAGAAUUGUGAUAGGUAAGAGCCAGUGCUGGGAUUGGCUUGUCAUCGUGUGGACUUGCGUGUUCCGCUAUGGAUAGUGAAUACCUCAGGAGAAAAGCACGAUAGUAAGUCAGCUCCUCUGGGGGGAGCUCUAGGUGGAGUGGGUCAGAACUUGCUGCUGAGUCCUGCCAGUCUUCAGCUGGCUCAGCUUCAGGCCCAGCUCACCCUCCACCGUCUCAAACUUGCCCAGACCACCAACACCGCUGCCGCAGCCACUGUCCUGAAUCAGGUCCUCUCCAAUGUGGCCAUGUCCCAGCCUCUCUUUAACCAACUCCGAGGCUCCAACAUGGCCCAGGCCCACAGCGUGGCCUUCCCACCACCACCCAUAGCCUUUCCACCCCCAAACGUUUCCCUGGGAACGCUAGUUGGUGGAGGUUUUUCCCCAAAUCCCACCGGUAUCAGGCCCACUUCCUUUGGUGGCGUGUCCAAUCAGAAAGCCAACCAGCACAAUGAGUAUGGUAAAAAGACUGGAACAUAUCCGACGGACACAGACCGUCGCUUGCAGUUUGGAUAUCUGGGAGGGGCUUCAGUGGUUACUAGUAAGACAUGUGAUGGAGGACAGUAUGGUGGAGCUACUACACAACCAAGAAACAAUGCCCAAAGCAAUUUUCAGAGAGACUUCUAUUCUGAGAUCCCAACUCAACAAACUGGGUUCAUGGGAGGAGGCAAUGAUCAGAACCUGCAAUCUAUCUCUUCAUCAGCUCCCAAGGAGCAAUGGAAAGGCCAGAUGGACUUUGGCAAAAUGUAUAUGGGUACAGGAGCAGGUCCUGGGCCAUGGGUACCUACCGGACCAGGGUUUGUGGGCUCAAGAGCAGAGCUGUAUAACCCUGAGGAACCCACGACAGAUCCUAAGUUCAAUGCUGCAUGUGGCCCAGGAGUUGGACCACCCACAGGAGGGCAAGGGGUAUUUCAACAGCAACCGCAGCUCCACCAGAGCGAGGAGAGGGUGACCUUGUCCUUACAACCCCACCAGCUCAAUGACUAUCACGGAACCACACCUUUACACCUACCCCAUCAGUGCACCAUUUGUGAGAAGAAGGUUUACAACUUGAAGGACUGGGACCAGCAUGUGAAGGGCAAGUUGCAUCUGCAAAACUGUUCGCAUUACACCGAGAGCCCGACGCUCGGAGCAGUGCACUUUCCAGCAUCGUCUGAGGGAUGUCUCAACAUGGCACUGAGUAACACUAUGGCAUAUUCAGCAGCUGCCAGUCAAGAUGUUACAACUGGAAGUGCUCCAUAUUUGCCUGCCACAGCCAUGAAGCCAUUUCCUCUCUCAGGGGCGGGAUUUACCUCACAGCAAUCAGGGACAACGUUCCUUCAGCGUAAAGCAUGUCCUGGCCGUGUUGUCCACAUCUGUAACUUGCUGGAAGGUAGCUGCACCGAGAAUGAUGUCAUCAACCUGGGCCUGCCCUUUGGCAAGGUGACCAACUACAUCCUCAUGCGCUCAACACAUCAGGCUUUUAUUGAAAUGGCAUACGUGGAGGCAGCUCAAGCUAUGGUGCAGUACUACCAGCUGAAACCAGCUACCAUCAACGGACAGAAACUACUGAUCCGCAUGUCCAAGAGAUACAAGGAGCUACAGUUAAAGAAACCAGGUAAAGAUGUUGACUCUAUAAUCCAAGACAUCCAUUCACAAAAAGAGCAAGAUGAGAUGCAGGAAGUUGACAGGUACCUACCGGAACGAGCAAGAUCGCGCAGCCCCAUCAGUCAUUCUCUGAGUCCGCGAUCCCGCAGUCCGAGCUUUACUUCCUGUAGCUCCUCACACAGUCCACUGGGGCCACCCUGUCGGCCUGACUGGAACAAUGGCAUGGGGCCACGUCGGGCCUCCUGGGACUGGACGUCCCACCCCCGAGGCGACGAGGACCCACGCGAGAGAGAUGAUUGGAGAAAUGAUGAGGAAGAGAGACCCAAUGGUUGGCUGUCCGACCGUAGGAAGCCCUACCUUAAAUCUGGAGACCGUAUUAGUCCACGUAUGGGGCCAGGAGACGAGCGGGGCCGGGACUGGUAUUCUCGCAGAAGCCCUCAGGGGUCCUCUUUUUCUUCCUACCACUCCAUAGAUGACUUUUACAAGAAGGAGUUGCUUUACAAGACUGAUAAACUGAGUAGGGCAGCGCAACCGAGACAUGAAGGGAAAUCUAAGAGGCGGGAGGGUGGAGAUUAUCACAGACCUCGACAUUCAGAUUCAGACAUGACAGAUGACACAAGCUCCAACCGGAUAGCCGAGGACAGAGGACGCAGCAAGAGGUCGAGUCGGAGACAAGAGAAGGAAGAGAGAGAGUCUGAAAAUCAGAAGGAAGACAAUCCAACCAAAGAGAAAUCAGCUUCUCCUCACAACAGCAAACCUUUAGAGUCCACAAAGUGUGAAAGAAAGGGUGACAGUGAGGGACUGGAUAGUGGUGAUGAUGGAGAGGAGGAGUGCUGGUAUCCUAAAAGCAUGGAGGAACUGGUGACCGUAGAUGAAGUUGGAGGAGAAGAUGACUCCAUCAUCGAACCUGAUCUACCUGAUCUUCAUGAGGAAGACCAGCCUGUGGAGUCUGGCCAGUCAACAACAGUCAGUCCAGUCCUCAAAUCAGAACUCCCAAAACAGAUCAAGGAGCCUGCAGUGGACGGCCCUAAACAUCCACCUCUAGAUUUGGUCACAAAAGAAAGCUCUGGUGGUAUUCAGCCCAGCCCUAAUGGGGUUCCCCCAGUCACAUCUGUCCCAGAGCAGCCAGUGUCUCCAGUCAACCAGUUUCCCUCUCAAGAGUUUAAGAGCGCUUUGGAGACCUGCACCUCCACAGAUAUGGAAACACACACAGACAAAACCAAAUUAGGUGGCUCUCCAGACCACAACAGCACAUGUGAGAGUGGGAAAGUCAUGGACUCAAGCAAUGAUGAGAAAAAGGUGGUGGACAUGGUUAGCAAGGAACCACUUCACAAACUAGAAGACAAUCAGAAGAGAGAUAUUCCGGAAUCAUUACCUGCCCCUUCACCUCAGACGACAGAUAUCCCUGCUGCUUCACCAUCCCAAGAGCCAGAGAAAGCCUUCAGUGAACACAGCAUACCGUUAGGUGUGGAGUUCAUUGUGCCAAGGACGGGAUUUUAUUGCAACCUGUGUGGCUUGUUUUACACCAGCGAACAGACAGCGAAGACAUCACACUGUCGCAGUACAAUUCACUACAGGAAUCUACAGAAGUAUCUGUCGCAGCUCGCAGAGGAAAGUCUUUUGAACUUCCACAUGGAGUCCCCAAACACUGAAUGAAGCUAAAGUGAGACUCACAGGAAGACACCAUUGCUGGGAGAUACUGAACAAAGCCAUGGAGAGUGAGACAAAGAGACACCAAUCAAAUGAAAAAGAGAGCACUUGGAUCCCCUAUAUCCUCAAGAAUUUCAAGAAUAUCAAUAAAACAAUGAGAAAUAAGAAAAACACCUUUAAUUAUAAAGAAACCAUUCACAGUUAUAUUAUCCAUUACUCACUAACACCUAUGUCUAUGACACAAGAUUGUGUGUGUGUGUAUCCGGUGUAGUCCAGGUAUUUUUAUUACACUGUAAACAAUGUGUAUCAAAAUGUGAAAUGCACUGAUAAGUGUAGGGUUUACAUUUUUUGCAUAUGUGCAUUGUACCUCAUUCAUACUCUAAAGCUUUCAUAUAUUUUAUUUUUACUCUGUGUUGGACAAAUAUAUACUUCAGAUUUUUUAAGAAGUGCCUAAUUUAAAAUUGAAGGGGUGUAAAAUUAUCCUCAGGUUAAUCAGUGCAUACUUGUGAAUAUUCUGUUGAUGCGUCCUAAAGGAUUGGAUAUUUUUUCUGUCUGUAUUAGCAUCUUUAUUUUAGUGUUUCUUUUUAAUGCAGGUUUUUAUGCUUGCAAGAUUCACAAAGUGCCUUAUUUUAAAAGUGCAAAACAUCUGUUGAACACAUAAGAAGAAAAGCUAUUUUUAUGUAGUAUGUUUCAUACUAUUUUUGUUUUUGCUGUUGCUGUACACAGAGCUCAAUCUAUACGGAUACUUGAACUGGACCAUGUUUAUUUAUCUGAUUUCAGAUUUAUUUGUUUAAAGAUAAAGCUGAGUGUGUGUUAUAAUAUUGGUAUUAUUGGAAUUUUAUUGGAAGAUUUCCCCGUUAUGUUUUAUAUUCUGGGAAUAAUGGCAUCCUGAUUUCUGGAAGAAAACAAAUCUGUAUAAUUGCUUCGGGUUGCU